AUGUCGCGCCCAGAGGAACUGGCUGCUUUGGCAGAUGAGGACCUGCUUGACUUCCUCCUGAAGGAUGAUGCUCCCUGCCCUGAAAUCCCAGGGGAGGAGAAUGGUCUGCUGGAAGACUGGGGCCUGCCAGAGCCUGAGCUCCUGGACAAGGAGAUGGAUGUCUUCAUCAACUCCCUGCUGAGCGCCUUUGAAGAUGAACCAGGCAUGCUGCAGGGUUAUUCGCCUGCUGACAGUGACAGCGGCAUUUAUGAGGAUCAGCAUCUGUCCCAUAGCCCUGGCAGCGACUUUGCUGGCAGCCCUCGGAGCUCAGACAUUGUGCAAGUUGAUCACAACUAUUCCCUCCAUCAGGAUUGGUCUGCGCUGGAAAGCGUGAGGUCUGACAUGGCAGAAGGAGAUGUUUCCAUUGACCUUGAGACAUGGACGGGUUUGGAAGGCACAAGCAAGGCUCUGGAACAGAGCUCUGGUUUCCCCAUUGCUGUUGCUGUGGAUGCUGAACCCCAGCUUGUACCUGGAGCCAUCAUGCAGUCCGACUUCCCAGAGCUGGUCUUGACAGAGGAGGAGAGACAGCUCCUGGAGAAAGAAGGUGUUUCAUUACCAACCUGUCUGCCACUGACCAAAGCUGAAGAGCGGCUUCUGAAGAAAGUGCGUCGGAAGAUCCGGAACAAGCAGUCAGCCCAGGAUAGUCGUCGCAGGAAGAAGAUCUACGUGGAUGGCCUGGAAAACAGGGUGGCAGUCUGCACAGCUCAGAACCACGAGCUGGAGAAGAAGGUGCAGCUGCUGCAGAAGCAGAACAUGUCACUGCUCGAGCAGUUGCGGAAACUGCAGGCUUUGGUGAGACAGUCCACCACCAAAACUACCACAGCAAAAACCUGCACCAUGGUCGUGGUUCUGUCCUUCUGCCUCAUUCUCUCCCCCAGCAUUGGCUCCUCUCAGGGCAGACAGAGCACCUUUGCAGUGCUGUCACGGCAGAUCCGUGAGUUCCCAAACCGGGUGGCACCUGAUGUGCAGGAGGACGCCGCGCUGGAGGGGUUCAGCCCAGAGCCUGAGGACCCCUCGCUGUUGGGCAGCCUCAAUCAAUCACGGGACGAGAGGCAGAGUCCACCCAACCCCGAUCCCAGAUCUUUCAACAGCAACUCAUCCUCCGACCCUCCGGUGGCAGCGGGCUCUGAGCUGGGCCCUCCCCAGCCACAGGAGCAGCGUUCCCAGAGCGACCCUUUGCAGGCAGUGGUGCUGGCGGUGGGGAAAGCGAAGAGGCCGGAGUGGACGGAACACGCUGCCAGGGUUGUCAUCCAGCAGCACCGAGCCGAUGAGAUGUGA